GUAAAAAUAUAAUAUUUACAUCAAACAUCAAAGCAUCUGAUGUAAAAAGUGAAAGAUACAAUACACUAAUGCAUGGUGUACCAGCUACAUACAAUACAGAUUCAACCUUCAAUGAAUCUCCUAGAGUGUAGUAAAAGAAACUUCUGCAUAUGACCAUGGCCACUCAUUCAUUCUUGGAAAACAGCUGUUAGACAGCAAGACUUAAGAUUUAUUGGUUGACUUGACCAGUGACCAUCAAGUAAACCAUGAUUCAUAAGAAGUGAUCACUCCAUAAUCACUGAUAUCUCUGAACUCACUCAUUCAGAUCACUCAUUUCCAUUCAUCCACUCCAUUUUCUACUAUGGCUGCUAUGGCUGCUGAAAUGAUUAUCGGUGCUCUUGUGUCCUCCUCCGUUCAGAUGACUAUUGACAAUUUGGCUUCUCGUUUUAUGGACAUAUGUUGUGGAAAUAAAAGCAACAUGAAGCUGUUAAGCAGCUUGAAGCUGAAGCUCCUAGCCGUUGAUGUUGUGGCUGAUGAUGCAGAACAGAAACAAUUUACAAAUCCACGUGUGAGAGAUUGGCUUCUCGCAGUCAAAGAUGUCGUGUUUGAUGUGGAGGAUCUCUUGGAGGAAACAGAUCACACACUCUCCAAAACCCAGGUGGAAGCUCAAUCUCAGUAUGCUGCUAAAAAGGUGUGGAAUUUCCUCAUAUCUUGUUUUGUCAGUUCCUUACAAAAUGAAAUUGGAUCAAGGUUGGAAAAACUCAUUGAAGACCUAGAAAAUCUUGCAACCAAAAGCCAAAUUCUAGGUUUGCAAAAGGCCCAUGAUGUUGGGGUCAGAUCAGGAUGGGGCACUAAACUACGAUCAACAUAUUUGCCAAAAGAAAGUGUCAUCUAUGGCAGAGAUAAUGACAAAACAUUUGUCUUUAACUGGCUCACAUCUAAGACUCACAAGAACUUAUCUAUACUUUCUAUUGUGGGAAUGGGAGGGGUGGGUAAGACCGCCCUUGCCCAACAUGUAUUCAAUGACCCAAGGAUGGAUGAGGCUAAAUUUGAUGUCAAAGCUUGGGUUUGUGUUUCUGAUGAAUUUGAUGUUUUCAAGGUAUCAAGAGCAAUUCUUGAACAUGUUACUGGAUCAAUCGAUAAUAGUAGAGAUACAGAGAUGGUUCACAAAAGUUUGAAAGAAAAAUUGACGGGGAAGAAAUAUCUUCUUAUUUUGGAUGAUGUUUGGAACGAAAACCCAUCUAAAUGGGAAGAAGUGCAGAAGGCCCUUGUUUUCGGAGCUGAAGGGAGUAGGAUUCUUGUGACCACACGUAGUAGGGAAGUUGCUUCUAUCAUGCGGUCAGAGGAACACUCCCUAAAGCAAUUACGGGAUAAUCAUAGCUGCGAGUUGUUUGCUAAACAUGCAUUCCGAGAUGUUGAUAUUCAAGCAAAUCCAGACUGCUGGGAGAUUGGCAGGAAGAUUGUUAAAAAGUGUAAAGGACUACCUCUUGCUUUGAAAACAAUGGGAAGUCUCUUAUACAACAAAUCAUCUGUUUCUGAAUGGGAAAGUGUGCUCCAAAGUGAGAUAUGGGAACUUCCGGAAGAGCAUUGUGGUAUUAUUCCCGCUUUGGCAUUGAGCUAUAUCCACCUUCCUUCCGAUCUGAAGGUUUGCUUUGCUUACUGUGCCCUUUUCCCCAAGGAUCAUGAGUUUAAGAAGGAGCAUUUGAUGCACUUGUGGAUGACUAAAAAUCGCUUAAACUGUCCUCAAGAAGAAGUUUGCCAACAAUACUUCAAUGAACUACUAUCAAGAUCCUUCUUCGAACAAUCAAGUAAAAAGGAAGAAGUAUUUGGCAUGCAUGACCUUCUAAAUGAUUUGGCAAAAUAUGUUGGUCAAGGCAUACAUUUUAGGUGCGAGGCUGGCCAAAUAGAGAACAUACAAAAAGUAACUCGUCAUUACUCAGUUGAAUUUGGAUACAAUCGAGAUUUUGAUGGGUUUGGAACUUUAUGUGAUAUAGAAAAGUUUCGUACAUUUAUGCCGACACAUAGGAGCACGGAUAGCACGGAUAAUUUAUGGAGUUGGUAUAUCAAUAUGCCAAUACAUGAAUUGUUGUCCAAGUUUAAGUUCUUACGAAUCUUAUCUCUCUCUCAUCUUACUCUUCUUACAGAGUUACCUGACUCUAUUUCCGAUCUUGAGUAUCUCCGUUCCUUAGACCUAUCCUAUACUUCCAUUAGAAUACUAACUGAAAAGACAUGUUUGCUUUCCUACUUGCAAAUACUGAAGUUGAACUACUGUAGAGAUUUGGAGGAAUUGCCCACAAAUUUGCAUCUACUUACCAAUUUGUGUCGCCUUGAAUUUAAAGGGACUAAAGUGGGAAAGGUGCCACCGCAUUUGGAAAAAUUGAAGAAUCUUAAAGUAGUAAUGGAUUUUAAUGUUGGACAAGGCAGAGAUUUCGGUAUUCAACAGCUGGGUGAGCUCAACCUUGAUGGAAGUGUAUCAAUUGGGGAGCUACAGAAUGUUGAGAAUUCGGUGGAUGCAUUGGAAGCAGAUUUGAAGAAUAAAACACACCUUGUGGAACUAGAGUUGGAAUGGACAAGGAAUGGGAACUCUAUUGAUUCAGAAAAAGUAGAGGACGUAAUUGAGAAAUUGGAACCUCCCAAAAACUUAAAGGUGUUGUCGAUCUAUGACUAUGCUGGCAAACAAUUUCCAAAUUGGUUAUUGAAAAAUUCGUUGUUGAAUUUGGAGUCCUUGGAGUUGUGUAGGUGUGCACCUUGCCAUCGUUUACCUCCACUUGGUCUAUUGCCAUUUCUCAAGAAUCUGAAGAUUUCAUCGUGUUUUGAGAUAGUGAGUAUUGAUGCUGAUUUUCAUGGGAACAACUUUUCUUCAUUUAAAUCCCUUCAAACAUUGUAUUUCUCCAAUAUGAGGCAGUGGGAAAAGUGGGAUUGCCAAUCUGUGACAAGUGCUUUUCCACGUCUACAACAUCUUUCUAUAAGUUAUUGUCCAAAGUUGAAAGGAUACCUACCAAAGCAACUUGUUCCUUUGGAAACACUAGAAAUUAAAUACUGCCAAAAACUUGAGGCUUCUGCCCCCAAGGCUCUAUGUUUAGACCUAUGUAAUUGCGGAAAGCUACACUUGGACGGGACUACCAUAAAAAAGCUGAAAAUGGAAGAAACAUCGUUGGAAAUUGUUAGGUCUGACACUCUUAAACACUUGGAAAUUGAACACUUGGAAGCAUCAAUAGGUGAUGAUGACUCGGUCUCUCUAUGGACCUUUCCACUACAUUUCUUCCCAACACUCAGGAUCCUUUAUCUCAGGAGGCUUGGUAAUCUACAAAUGAUUUCACACUUUGGCGCUCAUAAUUAUCUCCACUAUCUGCAUAUCAGUGAGUGCCCUAAAUUGGAAUCAUUUCCUGGAAACAUUCCAUUUCUCAAGAGCCUAUACAUAAAAGACUGUCCUACACUUGAAGCGGUUUUGCCAUCAUCAAAUCCAUUUCUCAACUCUGCUCUCUCAACUCGUUGGGGUCUAUGUGGUUGCCCCAAGCUCCCAAACUUACGAGAAGAGGCUCUUUCCCAAUCAAUUUCAAUUUUUCAUGUAAGAGGUUUUCCUUUAGUCGAAGAGUUUUCCGAGGAAGAAGGGGAAGAAUGGGAAAAAGGUUCAAAGAGGUGUUAUUAGAGUGAUGUUAAGAAGAUUAUGUUCCCAGAAAUUUUUCAGGGAAUGACUCCUGUUCAUGCUGCUUUUGCUGUUGUUGAGAAGUUUCAGAGAAUGCACUGUAAGAUAUUGGGCAUGUAUCAAUUUCUCACGAAGUAUCCAAGAAAUUGCUCGCGGGUUUUGCCAACAGUUGAUUCAAAUGUGACAAAUCUCAUGGAACAAAAGACCAAAGAUGAUUUGGAGGGUGGUUUUCAUAUGGCAUUUCUAUGUGGAUUAUUCAACAAAACCAUGCUUUUAAACAAAAGAAUGUUAUUUAAUUUGUUAUUAUGUUUAUUUUUCAGAUUUAGAACAAA